AUGGACGCGGCCACGGCACAGCAGGCAUUGGCGGUGCACAAGGUGACGCUGCCGCACGUUGCGGGCAUGCCCGUACAUUUGCACUUUGUGGCCUCCAAAACCACAACCGCGCCUGCGGCAAGUCUUGCAGCGCUUGCAGCGGAGGGGCGCCCCCUCGCGGUGGCGUUCCUCCUGCACGGUCGCUUGGGCGAAAGCGAGGCGCUUGACUCCACCGCAGCCGCACUGGUGCAACGAUGUGCUGGUGUCGACGAUACAAGGCAGCACCGGAACUUGGUCGUGGUCACCCUCGACCACCGCAACCACGGCCACCGCCGCGUCCGUGACCUCGCCAACGAGUCGUGGCGAGCAGGAAACGAGACACACGCGCAGGACAUGUUCUCGAUCCAGUACGGCACGGCACAGGACGUGUCGCUUCUGAUCUCGCUCCUGCCGGCCUACCUGCCCGCCGCGCUGCGGAUCGAGCUGUGGGCCAGCCUGGGCGGCCACUCGACGUGGCUCGCCCUGCUGCACGACCCGCGUAUCACCGUGGGCGUGCCGAUCAUCGGCUGCUGCGACUAUCUCCGCCUCAUGCGCAACCGAGUGCAGGGCAUGCUCGCGAGGAAGAACACCGGCGACCAUGAUGACGCGGCGGAGGCCCGUGAAGAGGAGGAGGAAAGGUAUCUGCCCGAAGGUCUGAAGCGAGCCCUGAGGCAGUUGGAUGCGGGUGGCAUGGGCGAGCCGGCGGUGCAGCGGCUCAAGGGACGAAAGGUGCUGGUGCUGUGCGGGGCUGACGAUCGGUUGGUGCCCUACCACUGCUCGCAACCCUUCAUUGAGCGCCUGCAACAUGCGAUGGCAGCGACGACCGAUCUGGGCGGGUUGUGUGAAGUGGUUGUGGAGGAGGGCAAGGGUCACGAGCUGACCGACACCAUGGUGAUCAAGACUGGUGAUUGGUUGGUGCGUUGGGCCUGCACUCGAGAAGGGCAAGACGCGCGACUGUGA